AAUCAAUACAACAAAUAUGACGAAGGAACUUGGUACUACUGGCGCUACAAGUGCCGCUGCAGCUGCUACAUCUUCACGUGAUGUCGUGGACGAAAGAACAAAUAGUACCAGAGACGUGGUUGUCGAAACCUCAUUGGACCACAAAAUCGCCAAUAUUACCAGUGAGCCAAGAAAGGUUACUCCAGCAAACCAAGUACUUCCCGCACUGCUGGAAAUAGAGGAUCUUGUUGUCAAUGCCAGCGAGAAGUACAUGGAGGACCACGAUGAGCAUCAGUUUCUCUUCAAAAGUCCAAGUUCCAUCGAAGAUAGAACAUUAACAAACUACAGCACCAGUACCAGUGGUCGUGGUGGUUACAACACGACCAUUGGUACGAACUACUACACCGAUGCUGCAAAGGCGUUGCACUCGUUAGAUGAGGAUCGAUAUCGGAAAGAAAUAGCGUCCAAAUUUUGGACAGAUUUGCUGCCUGAUUUCGAGAUAGUGCGGUUUUUUGAAGAGGUUGCCAAACUUGGGGAAAGUGUCGACGGGAUCGUGACCCUCCAGGAUCAAGAUUUGGAAACAGAACACCAACACCCACACGUCUUCAGUGGAGACGACACAUUAGAAUACAUUGUCGUCCACGGCGAGGGGAAGAAGAAAAGAGAUAGUCGUGCUGAUGAUGAUGACGCUGAUGAUCAUUACGACAUGAGGGAGGGGGAGCACAACAACAUGAAGAAGAAAGUAUUAAAACGGAAAGGGAGUAUGAGUAAGCAAAGGCACAAACAGCGUGACCACGUUGUUGUUGCUGAAGAACCCGACUCCUGGAAUCAAGAGAAAUCUGCACUAGAGAAGGGCUCGAGCAAGAUGGUACUGAUUCUUGGGGAUAGGGACACUCCAUGCUUCGUCGACCCAGACCCUGUCCUGAGUUCCUUGUGGCGUGGGACAAUAACUGCACUAAAGCGAGUAGAGCGCGGGGAGAAUACAAGUCCGGAUGGGAUUAAGGAGGGUCAUAGUGAAGCUGGAGAUCAUAUACAGCAUAAUAAGGCAGCAUCUUCAUCUACAAGAAAGGAGUCGAAGAUAGGGAAUGCUAUGGAACUGCUUCUGGAGGAAGGGUCAUCAUUUGCUGCAGAGAACGGUAGGACGAAAAGUCCGGAAAUAUCAAGGGUCCCCACGUUGUUGACAUUUGCAAAAACCCUUUCUCUUGACGUAGCAGCGGUUACGAAGAAAUUCUGCGCACCAGAAGUCCCAUCAGCAGGAGCCACUAGAAAUCCAAUUACCUCUAGUACUGCUUCGUCUUUUUCCAUCACUCAAGUAGAUCCAGCCUUUUCUUUCCUCUUACCAGCAGCGCGGGAGAUGCUCUUGAAUCAUGCACGCGC